CACGUCCCGAAGCAAACAUACUGGUAAAUACUGCACUCAUAAUGCGACAAAAUGUUACUGAAAUGGGAAUGAUUUUUUGGGGUUGGGGACCAAAAAUAAUGCAACACCGGAAAUCAGUGUGUACAACUGUGCUGCUGGCUCGGGCUGUUUGUUGAAGUAAACUGGAGGCGAUCAUUUGAUUUUCAUAUUUGGAUUUUGGUCCGAACAUUAAACGGUUGUCUCGGUCAGAACGUGCUGAUUCAGUAGACGCAUCGCCAGUUUUUUGCUCGCGAAUCCGCAACGAUGAAGGUGAAAUUCCAAGAAUAAAUUGAAGAAGUCGCGUCCUCCCGGUAGGCCUACGUAAAGCUGAUCCACUUGACGUUGAUUUGAUUGCAAUUUAGGCUGAACUGAUGUAACAAUAUCGUGGUUUUCAAAUCAGGACGCAUGACUCCUUGUGGGCCUCAGGAAGUGGGCUCCCUGUUAGAGACCUUUCUUGAAUAUGGACUUGUCAACAGUCAAGAGGAAUAUGGCAACGGCCUUUCUCUGUUUGUAAAGGAAGACAUGAAGGAGAGACCAGUAACCUUUAAAGAGGAACUCAGUGGUCAAGAGGGAUUCCCAAUUAAAGAGGAGGUUCAUGAACUGAGGGCUCCACGCAUAAAAGAAGAGUCCUCUGAAAUACAGAUCAGUCACAGUAUUAAAGAAAAUGAGGAGUUUUCAGCUGAACAUGAUGCAAAGUGCAGCCAACAAAAGGUUUUGGCAAGUUCACUGGAGCAUAUGCACCCAGCAGUCAAAGAAGAAUUUGAAUCUGGAGAAGAAUGUGAAGAUAAAGAGAAAAUUAAGGGGGACUUGAAUGCAUGUGAAAAUGUAUCAAGCCAGAAGAUGCCAUGGUGGAUGACUGAGGAUAUAAGAAAUUUUAAAAAGCGGCCAAAUAAAAUGAAAGAUCAAAUGAGUCAGAGACAGGCACAACUGUACAGUUGUGCUGUAUGUGGAAAGGACUCCAUGUUUCAUUCUGCUUUUAAAGCACACCAGAGGGCACACAUAGAAGAGAAACCACACAUGUGUGGCAAAUGUGGGAAAGUCUUCACCCGUAAGGACAAACUGAAGGCACAUCAGGUAAUUCACACUGGAGAGAAACCAUACAGGUGUGCAGAAUGUGGGAACAGCUAUAGGUACCAUUCAGGUCUUAAAGUUCACGAGAUGUCACAUACAGGGCAGAAACCACAUGUAUGUACAGAAUGUGGUAAGAGUUUUAGUCAUACAUUUAGGCUUAAAGUUCACAAGCGAAUUCACAGUGGGAAGAAACCACAUGUUUGUACAGAGUGUGGGAAAAGCUUCAAUUAUCCAUACGACCUUAGGGUUCACCAGAAUAUUCACACCGGCAAGAAACCACAUACUUGUACCGAAUGUGGAAGAAGCUUUAUUCACCUGUGUACUCUUAUAGCACACAAGAGAGUUCACACAGGAGAGAGGCCAUACAGGUGUGAGGAAUGCGGGAAGACCUUUAGCUAUCAGUCUGGAUACAGGUUUCACCAGAGAACACACACAGCAAAGAGGCCUCACAUUUGUGGGGAAUGUGGCAAAAGUUUCACUCAGAUAUGUGCGCUUCUGUCACACCAGACACUUCACACUGAAGAGAAAAAAUUACAGCUGUGCUGACUGAAUAAGGAGAAAAGCUUUACCAGUCUUGAAGGAGUGAAAAUUAACCAGAGAGAGUAGAGAGCAGGGAAAGCAGCUCAUGCGCUCAGGAUGUCGCAAGAUGUUUCGAAUUUAUUUUGGACACUCAUAAGAUUGUUCACUCAAAGAAGAAGCCAUAGCUUGUUGUGACUCUUUCCAUACUUUUCAUCUAUUAAUAGCUAAUUUCAAUGGCUGCUAAUGUCCUCCUAGUACAGUGCAUCCAGAAAGUAUUCACAGCGCAUCACUUUUUCCACAUUUUGUUAUGUUACAGCCUU